AUGACUCAAAACGAGUCUCAUCUGCCGCCCACUGAGAUCCCAGCUUUGACGGUUGGCGAAGAAACCGCGUCCAUUGUCUCAAUUUCUGGACAGGAUACCCUUCCAGGUGCACCCGUAACUCCCGGCACGGUCAGCAAUGGUACGCAUUCAAGAAAAAUAUCCACGUCGUCUGUGGGACACAGUAACUGCAGGUCGACCAUUGGGCUUGUGCGAACGACCUUCGAUUCUAUUUUGCACGAAAAGGACUUGAAAAAGCACUCCGAUGUCCAGAAAUCAAUAGAGAGAAGCAUCAAGAUAUUGGACGACCUCUUGGCGUCCACAAAUAACGACCCGAAGUUUUUGGACUCCAUCGUAGUUUUUGAGCCCCUACGACUGUGCUGUAGAACCAAAUCCACGCAUGUGAUGCUCAAGGCUCUGGAUUGUCUUUCCAAACUUUUUUCGUUCCAAGCGUUGGACAACGCUGUCAUGAUAAAUCCACCCAAUUCCACGGCAUCCAACGACCAAAACAAUACUCAAACAGCCGGAAUCACACCGCCUCCGAAGCAAAGGCUUGUGGAUGCCGCUAUUGACACUAUCACGGACUGUUUCGAGGGCGAGGGCACUGACUCCCGCAUUGAGCUCCAAGUACUACGUGCCCUGGCAAGCUGUACGCUGACUGAUAGUGUGUCUCCUGUGUGCCACGGGCAGUCUUUGCUGAAGGCCAUUCGGCAAAUCUACAACAUUUUCAUCUAUUCAUUAAGUUCGUCGAACCAAGGAAUUGCCCAGGCCACGCUUACCCAAGUGGUCAAUUUGGUGUUCGAUAAGCUAGGUAGGUCUUCGUUGCCAACCCCCACUAGGUCCCUUUCAAAGACAUCUGUGCGUGGUCUUCAAGUGGAAAACUCACCAGCCCCCUUGACACUCCAAAACCUCGAAAACUUAAAUGAUGAGCAGGAGCGAAUCGUUGACGAACAGCAACAGGACGAUGUUGAGGAUGAAAAAUCUUUGUUGGUAAAAGACGCGUUCCUGGUAUUUAGGGCAAUGACUAAAAUUUCAGCGAAGCCUCUGGAAAACGACACUGAUAUGAGAUCGCAUGGUGUCCGGUCAAAGCUACUAUCGCUGCAUAUUAUUCACAGUAUUAUAAAAGAUCAUAUCGACAUCUUUUUAUCGCAGGAGCUUACCCUCUCCGGCAAGGAUCAAACCUCACUAGUCAACUCCAUCAGGCAAUAUUUGUGUUUACUGCUUUCACGUAAUGCUGCAUCGCCCAUUUCACCCGUUUUUGAAAUCACUUUAGAGAUUAUGUGGCUCUUGAUCUCUAAUCUAAGAUCUGAAUUCAAAAGGGAAAUUCCAGUGUUUCUCACGGAAAUUUAUUUCCCUAUUUCAGAUCUCAAAUCUUCCACUCCGCAUCAAAAAAGAUAUUUUUUGAGCGUCAUUCAACGCAUUUGCAACGACCCUAGGACUCUGAUCGAGUUUUACUUGAAUUAUGAUUGUGAUACCCACUUGCCAAAUAUUGUUGAAAUCAUUGUUGAUUACCUAACCAGAAUGGCCCUUACCAGAGUGGAGAUCUCCCCCUCACAAAGAGCUUAUUAUGAUGACCAACGAACAAAGCCUUUGGCUACGUAUAAUUUGGCCCAGCUUCCAUUGUUAUCGAUUUCUAACAUUUCCUCAACAACUCCUGCCGAUAAUUUGAACUUUCCAGUGGAAUUUGCGCUCAAAAUGACAUCUUUAAAUUGUAUGGUGGCAGUUCUCAGAUCAUUGAGCUCUUGGGCUCAUAAGGCUUUGAAUUCUAACGGUUCUUCCUCCGAUAAUACACAGACGAGAAUGCGCUCUGUCUCUAAUUUCUCCGGCAUGAACGGAAGAAAACAACUUUCCCCUCGCAGCUCAUCAAUGGACGUCAAUGGUGAAGUCACUGGUAAUAGCCAAUCUGAAUCGAUCGAUCAAUCUCAGUUAGAGCUAAGUCGAGAAGCUGAUGACCCGGCCCAAUUUGAGAAUUUAAAGUUGCGGAAGACAGAACUGCAAGACUGUAUCAACAUUUUCAAUUAUAAGCCUAAGAAAGGUAUAAGCGAAUUGAUAGCGAGAGGUUUCAUACAUGACGACACUCCGUCUUCGGUGGCCAAGUGGCUCUUAGAGACAGACGGUCUCGAUUUGGCUGCUGUUGGUGAUUUCCUAGGUGAGGGAGAUGAUAAAAACAUCACGAUUAUGCAUUCAUUCGUUGACGAAUUCGAUUUUAAUAGCAUGUCGCUGGUGGAUGCAUUAAGAAUUUUUCUGCAAAAGUUUAGGUUGCCUGGUGAAGGGCAAAAAAUUGAUCGUUUUAUGCUGAAGUUUGCUGAGAGGUAUGUUGAACAAAACACGGGAAGAUUUGCAAAUGCAGAUACGGCUUAUGUGUUAUCGUACUCUAUUAUUAUGUUGAAUACAGAUCUGCAUUCCUCUCAAAUCAAACAUAAGAUGAGUCUUCAAGAAUUUAUAGAAAACAAUGCGGGUAUUGACAACGGCAACGAUUUACCAAAGGAAUACAUGGUCAAUCUCUUCAAUGAAAUAGCGGACAAUGAAAUAAAACUGCAAUCAGAGCAACACCAAGCCAUGCUAUCUGGGGAUGUAAGCACAAAUCAGCCACAGCCCUCUGCCUUCAAUUUUUUCAGCAGUCGCGAUCUCAAUCGAGAAGCGUAUUUGCAGGUUUCUAAAGAAAUUUCUUCAAAAACAGAAUUGGUUUUCAAGAAUCUUCCCAAGCACAAGGGCAAGGAAAGUAUUGUGUACCAUGCUGCUUCUCACAUUGAACACGUAAAAUCGGUAUUUGAUACACUGUGGAUGUCUUUUCUUGCUGCUCUUACGCCACCGUUCAAGGAGUAUGAUGAUUCUUCCACUUCUGAAAUGUGCUUGGAAGGGAUCAAAUUAUCUAUAAAGAUAUCUUCAACUUUUGGAAAUGAUUAUGCCAGGACUUCGUUUGUUGGGGCAUUAGUUCAAUUUGCUAAUCUGCAGAACUUGGAGGAAAUUAAAUUCAAAAAUGUCAACGCAACUAUUGUUCUUCUCGAACUAGCCCUCACAGAAGGGAAUUUUUUGAAAUCUUCGUGGAAAGAAAUUUUACUGGUCGUAUCGCAGGUAGAAAGGCUGCAGCUAAUUUCGAAAGGUAUUGACGGACAAACUUUACCUGAUGUGUCUCAAGCAAGGUUGGCUAACAGCAGAAGCUCCUUCGAUUCUACUAGAUCAGCUUCUAUGGGCUUUUUCGAAAGGUGGACGAAGAAGUCGACACCCAUUGAACUCGCUCAAGAAAAACAUCACAACCAGAUUCUUUCUCCCGAGAUUUCCAAAAGCAUCUCCUCGAGUCAUGUGGUGUUACUAAUUGAUCGCAUUUUCACCAAUAGUUCCAGUUUGACUGGGACGGCGAUCAUUGAUUUCAUCAAGGCGCUGACGGAAGUCUCUCUAGAUGAAAUUGAUUCUUCACACAAUGCGGCUAGUCCAAGGAUGUUUUCUUUGCAAAAAAUGGUGGAUGUUUGUUAUUACAACAUGGAUCGUAUCAGGGUUGAAUGGUCUCCAAUCUGGGCAGUUAUGGGUGAAGCAUUCAAUAAAAUUGUUACAAACUCCAAUUUAGCAGUUGUAUUUUUCGCAAUUGACUCUCUUCGUCAAUUGUCCAUGAGAUUUUUGGAUAUUGAAGAAUUAACUGGAUUUGAAUUCCAGAAUGCUUUCUUGAAACCAUUCAAGUACGCUACUUACCACACUAUUGAUUCUGAGGUUCAAGAGAUGUGUAUUGAAUGCUUCAAAAAUUUUAUUUUGACAAAAUCUUCAAGAAUCAAGUCAGGGUGGAAGCCCAUUCUCGAGUCACUCCAGUUUACAGCGAAGUCAACGCAUGAACCUAUUGUGGUCAAGACCUAUCAACUGGUCGCCACUGAUAUAGUUAAAAAUCAUCUCGAGAGUGUUUUGGGUCAGGAUAGUGCCUUUGUUGAUUUAGUUGGCGUGUUGAGAGAAAUUACCAAAAAUCAAAAGUUUCAAAAAAUGUCGUUACAUUCUUUGGCCGUUUUGAAAAAUAUCACCGAGAAGAUUGCUGAGAUAUGUUUCAAAUCAAAGGAUUAUACGACGUUGCUACAUGGCAAAGAUCUAUUCCAAGAUAUUUGGUUUCCAGUCCUUUUCUGCUUUAAUGAUGCGAUUAUGACUGCAGAGGACCUCGAAGUGAGGUCAAGGGCACUGAAUUACAUGUUUGAUGCUUUGGUGGCCUACGGAGGCGAAUUUGACGAUGCUUUUUGGACCAGUAUUUGCACAAAACUUCUUUUUCCCAUUUUUGGAGUUCUGUCCAAGCACUGGGAAGUUAAUCAAUUUAACAGUCAUGAUGAUUUAUCAGUUUGGCUCUCGACAACUCUCAUUCAAGCAUUAAGGAAUAUGGUUGCCUUAUUCACUCAUUAUUUUGACUGCUUAAACAGCAUGUUGCAUGGAUUCUUGGGAUUAUUGGUGUCUUGCAUCUGUCAGGAGAAUGACACAAUCGCUCGUAUCGGACAAUCGUGCUUGCAACACCUAAUCAUCCAAAAUGUGAGCAAAUUCAGUGAGGAACACUGGAAUGAGGUCACUGCUGCAUUUGACAAACUUUUCGAGUUAACGACUGCUAAUGAGCUAUUUGAUAUGGAUCCUCUACAUCAAGGACGCAGGCCCUCGGUUGACAAUGGCCAGUAUCCAAGUCAGAUAUCUCUAGAUGAGGAGGUUGAGAGGGCACAUCAAGAGGAAGAGGGAGAAGAUGUCGGCAUUGCUGCGACAGACGUUAGUAAGCCUGCUAAACGUUUGGUGAAAACAAAGAGCAGCGAAAACUUGAUGCGUGCGCAAACGACUCGAAACGCAAUCGUUAUCAAAUGUGUCUUACACGUUAUGAUCAUACAAUGCUUAAGCGACCUUUUCGACGACGAUGGCUUCUCCAGUCACAUCCCAUACAGGGACGCUAUCAAGAUCACAAAUUUGUUGGAGAAGGCAUACGAAUUUGCCAGGGACUUUAAUGACGAUUUCGGCUUGCGUUCCCGUCUAGUCAACAGCCGCGUGAUUGAAAAAGUUCCUAGCCUGUUACAACAAGAAGCUAACGCUGCUGCGGUGCUUGUCAAUGUGCUGUUUACUCUCUUCCUGAAUAGAGAUGAGAUCCCUAGUGCUGAAAGGAAGGAUUUGUCUACUCGACUAAUAUCUGUGACAGUAUUGAUCGUUAGAAAAUAUGUCAGUCUAAAUGACAGGACAAUGGAGCGCAUCAUCAACGCUUGGCGUCCUGUGGUGGUGGGAAUUCUCGAAGGUUAUUCUGAAUUUGACGAUAUUGAUUUUAAGGACAAUUGUGCUGUCAUGUACGACCUUGCUAUGCAAAUCUUGGAUAAAGGUAUGACUUCAGAUAUGCGUGUUGGUGUCAAAAAGUUUUUGACGAGAGUUGGGGCCUUAUAUCUCUAG